AUCUGCGGGAAUGUGGGCUGGAGCGGUCCUGCAGCGGUACCAGCCUUCAGCCCGCCGCCGGGACUGCCCCUGACCCAGGCGCGCCCGCUGCUCGGUGGCAGGAGGGCCGGCGGAGCGCCAUGGCCUGCAUCCUGAAGCCUUUGCAACUGGACUGUGAGCUUUGUGCCAUAGUGUCAAACUCAGGUCAGAUGGUUGGCCAGAAAGUGGGAAAUGAGAUAGAUCGAUCUUCCUGCAUUUGGAGAAUGAACAAUGCCCCCACCAAAGGUUAUGAAGAAGAUGUUGGCCGCAUGACAAUGAUUCGAGUUGUAUCCCAUACCAGUGUUCCUCUUUUAUUGAAAAACCCUGAUUAUUUUUUCAAGGAAGCAAACACUACUAUUUAUGUUAUCUGGGGCCCUUUCCGCAACAUGAGGAAAGAUGGCAAUGGCAUCGUUUACAACAUGUUGAAAAAGACAGUUGAAGUCUAUCCGAAUGCCCAAAUUUAUGUGACCACAGAGAAGCGCAUGAGUUACUGUGAUGGAGUUUUUAAGAAAGAAACUGGGAAAGACAGGACAGAAGGAUAUAGAAAAGUUCCCUACCAUUACUAUGAACAAGGAAGAGAUGAGUGUGAUGAAUAUUUUCUUCAUGAACAUGCCCCAUAUGGGGGGCAUAGGUUUAUCACUGAAAAGAAAGUGUUUGCUAAAUGGGCCACAAAACACAGGAUAAUAUUUACACACCCAAACUGGACAGUGUCUUGAUGUUGGUUUUUAAGGUCUUGCCACAUCACUUGACAUGAUCAUGGUACAUGAAACCACAACUGUGAUGCUGAUGCUGUAAACAAUGAUGACAGCGAUGAUAUAGACAGCAACAAUGCUGAUCAAGUUCCUGUACAUUCUCAGAUACGGAUCAUGACUCUGCUAGUAAUUUAAACCUGAGAUUUUGUGGAGGGUGGUUGUGCUCAUUAUGUUCUUUCUGAAGGUUCAACACUAUAUACUGCACUUUAUAAUUUAACUGGAAUUGAAAUGAA